AUGCUCGCUGGCAUGCAGUCACACAAGACGAUCAAUCGCCAGCCUGCCAUACAGGCCUUACCUGACUACGGCCGGUCUCACUGCACCAUCUUGCCGAUCAGCGCCCACCGAGAUUGUUCUGACAUAGCACUCACAGCUGUCAUCAUCUUCCCGUCGUCUUACAAGCCUCAUAAGAGGUCGACGACAGGAGAUACGGCCUGGUUCCGAGCCAUGGCCACGACCCAAUCCGAGUCUUCUGUGCGCCUUGAGGACGUUGCGGCGGCCUACGAGGCUUCCCUACUGAUUCUCGUGUAUGACCUCGUUUAUCCAGCACUCGUGGAGACAGCACUUUAUGUCGUGCAUGCGACCUUGACUGCCUACUUUACCUACCAUCGAUGGAUCAAUCGAAAGAAGACACCUUUCGCAGACGUCUGGCUGUACGUGGCGUUCGCGAUGUUCGCUGCGCUCUCAGUAUACUGGGCCAUCGAAGACGUCUAUGGCUUGCGAGUCUUGACAAUAACAAUAAUACAGUCUAUCGAUGCUCAAGUCGGAAUAGGACCGACAUCUACUGCGGAGAUGAGCGUGGACCAACAAAUAACGGUUUCCACGGGCAUCGCCGUACUAGUCAUUUUUACCAUCGGGGAUUUCGUUGCCCUGUGGAGGGCAUAUGUCAUAUAUGGGCGGCCUCGAUGGCUUCGCAUAGCAUGGGUAGUCUUGAUGGUCACGAUUAUCCUUCUGCAAGCUGCUGUAGCUAUCUAUCUCGGCAUAAGAGAAAAUCCGCUCCUUGGCUUUACAUAUAUAAGUAUCGUCGGGAUACUCGCCACACUGUUGCCUCAGCUAUUGGCCACGUCAUUGAUUGCUAGGAAGACUUGGUUACACUGGAAAGACGUCCGCGAGUUCGCACACCACUCUGGCACACAAGUUAGCCUGGCUGUCCUCCUCGUUGUGACGGAGACAGGUUUGGUAUAUCUCAUCAUCUACAUCAUAUACGUAGCAAUCUGGAUCAAACAAUUGACAGUUAGCGGCCCCGUGAACUACCAUUUCUUCAUAUUCAUAGCGGCAAUGUACCCGGUCACCGUUCUCCUCCUUGUAUCUGCCAGGAAGUCGGUCCUCGAGCGUAGCAUCGAACUGGUUUCUACCAGGGACGUCAUGCGCUUCGCCGGACCUGGGCUGGUCAGCAGAACGCAAAGGUCGCACUCAGACGCCGAGGGUCGCCUCGAAUUCUCAGGGCUUAUGAGGCGGACGAUAGAUGAUGCAGAUGAACCCCUUGUGAACUCUGCACCUCCAAGAGUCGAAGUCAGCUUUGGAUCGACCGUCGAGAUGAGGAAUGCAAUUGAGCUAGCCGCAAAGGAGAGUGUUAAUUCUGAUGACGAAUCGGACGGAGACGGAGAAGAGGGCGAGCGGGUGCCGAUGCUGAACGACAACCUACACUCUGUGGCAAGCGAAGAGACGCCAGGGGAGAGCAGAGAUCUGGAAGUCCGAGCCACCGAGCUUGUCGCCGACAAGGCUGCCUAG